CCACCAAAGUCCUUGGCACUGUCAAAUGGUUCAACGUCAGAAAUGGAUAUGGAUUUAUAAAUCGAAAUGACACCAAAGAAGAUGUAUUUGUGCAUCAGACUGCCAUCAAGAAGAAUAACCCACGGAAAUACCUGCGCAGUGUAGGAGAUGGAGAAACUGUGGAGUUUGAUGUGGUUGAAGGAGAGAAGGGUGCAGAAGCAGCCAAUGUGACUGGCCCAGAUGGAGUUCCUGUAGAAGGCAGUCGAUACGCUGCAGAUCGGCGCCGCUACAGACGUGGCUACUAUGGCAGACGUCGUGGACCUCCCCGCAAUUACGCUGGGGAGGAGGAGGAGGAAGGGAGCGGCAGCAGUGAAGGAUUUGACCCCCCUGCCACUGACGGGCAGUUCUCUGGGGCCCGGAAUCAGCUGCGCCGCCCCCAGUAUCGCCCUCAGUACCGGCAGCGGCGGUUCCCGCCUUACCACGUGGGACAGACCUUUGACCGUCGCUCACGGGUCUUUCCCCAUCCCAGCAGAAUGCAGGCUGGUGAGAUUGGAGAGAUGAAGGAUGGGGUUCCAGAGGGAGCUCAACUUCAGGGACAGGUUCAUCGGAAUCCAACUUACCGCCCAAGGUACCGAAGGGGACCUCCUCGCCCACGACCUGCCCCGGCUGUGGGAGAGGCUGAAGACAAAGAGAAUCAACAAGCGGCCAAUGGUCCGAACCAGCCAUCUGUUCGCCGAGGAUACCGGCGUCCUUACAACUACCGGCGCCGCCCCCGUCCUCCUAAUGCUCCCUCACAAGAUGGCAAAGAGACCAAGGCAGGUGAAGCACCAACUGAGAACCCUGCUCCAGCCACCGAGCAGAGCAGCGCUGAGUAACGCCAGGCUCCCCAGGCACCUUCACCAUCUGCAGGGUGACCUAAAGAAUUAAUGACCAUUCAAAAAUAAAAUAAAGCAAAAAGCAAACCACGACCUUACCAACACCAAAGAAACAUGCAAGCAAUAAAAGUGGAAGACAAACCAAGAUUUGGACAUGGGAAUGUUUACAAUUACUCUUUAAGAAACUAGCAACUGCAGAAGGAAAACCGUCAGCAAGUUUCUCCAGCAAGCCGAGGUCCCAGGAACGCCUGCACAGACGGCAAGAGAGCACCCUCCUCGGUUUCAGCAACCAACUAGGUUUAUAAUUUUUUCCUGGUUUUUACUGUUUUGGUAAUAUAAAUUGAAAGAAAUCUUAAUACCACACGGGGAGAACCCCAACCAAAGAAAUCUGAAAUAUAUAGUAAAUGCUUUUUCUUUUUUCCCUUUUUUUGUUCAUUUUGGAUGCUGGUGCUAAACUUCCAAGUGUCAUGAUUUAAAAAAAGAAAUUUUAUGCCCUUAUUUAUUUCUAGGAUGGGGGAGGAUAACAUUUUUGCUUAUGUGACUCUCUUUGAAAAUGGGCAGUAAAAAAGUUCCUCAGAAAUAAAAUUUUUACCCUUCAAAGGAAAAAA